AUGGAGCCGGGCGGCAUGCAGGAGCAGCUGCGGCAGCUGGAGCUGCUGCGGCACCGUGAGCUGCAGCACCUGCGCUUGCAGGCUGGGCCGAUGAGGGGCUGGGAUGCUCCAAUGCAGGAGGAGCAGCUCGAGUCCUUGCAGUAUGGAGAGGAGCAGGCCAUUCUUGGCACCUCCGUGCCUCCGGCGCCCCUGGUGGACCCCGGCCGGCUGGAGGUCAGCCCGCCCCGGAGGAGCUCUGGGCCGGGUCGCAGGUCGGACUUGCGAGAGGUGAUGGCGCCCUCCUCCGUGUUGGCCCACUGGCCACGGGAUCUGGAGGCGAGCCUGAGCUCCCAGUUCACGGAAGACACGACGCCGCAGAUCAGGGAUCUUGAUCCUUCAGGCGAUGAGUCCCCACCGCGGCCGGCCCGAUCCAGGUUGGCGGCGCGCCAGCGCCUUCCGCGCGGGGACUUCGAGGCGCGGAUCGCGCGGCUGUCGGACAGCGUCGAAACAUCGCUCCGGCGGCUCUCCGAGGAGGAAGACCUUCGAGCUUGA